AACAUCGGCAUAACAAUAGAUUACAUACAAUAAAUGUAGAGAGAAAAAAAAUAACGAAUCGUAUGUGUAAUAUUGUGAUCGUUCGCCUCUCUUUUGCAUUGUCUCUAUCUCUAUUCCAAACUGACCGACCGACAAAAUAAAUGCGACUAACGAUACACAACAGUAGCAGCGCAACAGCAUACACAAAAGAAAAAAAAAACUAUAUUUUUUAACAGAUUUUUAAAAAAUAAUCAGUUAUUGCGGAGAUUUGGUCGCGAGCAGUCGAUAUUGAAAAUUCUUCCUCGCACCAGACACAUGACAAUAUCAGACCGUUUUUUUUCUACUUUUAACGGAUGCGAUUUUUGUUCAAAUUCAAUACGAUUGAGAACAAUUUUUUCCAACAACUGCCCAGAAUAAAAUCAAAUCGACGGAAAGUGAAUAAAUUGAUACAUUUUUUCUCUCGUCAUCAUCAAGUGCAACAAAAAUCAGUGCAAGUGAACUGUGUGAGAGAAAUAAAAAGAAAAUUGUGCACCUUUUUUUUUGGAUCCUUGGCCGAGCCGUCCAACAGGUGCCUGCUGCUUUUCUUGACAAAGGAUUACGGAUAUUUAAGGACUAUACUACACUUAACAAGUUAGGUGCUUCCUCGCCAACAAAACCAUGUGCAUAUGAACUACUAUAUCGAAACAUUUUUAGUCACACACUCAAUAUUCAAAAUAUAACGAAAACAAAAAUCUAGCAACAUAAACAGAACAAAAAAAUGCGUAAAAGACAGAAACUCUUGCCGAGCAUAUCGGAAGUUUUGUUCUUAGUUAUUCUAAUAAGGAUCGCAUCUGUGUUCGGUCAAACAACAUGUAAUAAUGGACAAGGUAGAGUGCUAUAUGAACGUUUGCCAAAUCAGCAGUUACAAGGCUUCGAUGAUGAUGUGGUUCGUGAUACAGCGCCACCAUUUCGAGUGCUGGAAAAAUGUCAAGAUUUAUGCUUACGCGAUCGUACCGCUUCCAAUAAUUUGGUGCGAGCCUGCACAAGUUUUGACUUUCAACCGGGCAGCCGAAUUGCAUCGUAUAGCGGCAGCGCCGAAUAUGAAGAAUCAACAUGCUAUCUAACACGGGAACAGCCCGCUCCUGAGGGUAUUGGCAUAUUGAUGCUCGUACCAAACAGUGUCCAUUUCACGGAAAUUUGCUUGGCAUCGGGUCGGCCCGAACGUGAGUGUCCUAGUCGCCGAUAUGUAUUCGAAAGACAUCCACGGAAAAAGCUUAAACUGCCCGUAUCAGAUAUUAAGGAAAUAACGGCCGCCAAUCGAUCGGAUUGCGAAGAUAAAUGUUUGAAUGAAUUUUCGUUUGUGUGUCGUUCGGCGAAUUUUGAUUCGAAUCUUCGUAGCUGUUCACUCAGUCGCUUCACGCGGCGAACGCAUCCAGAACUCAUGGAAGAUGACCCAAACUCAGAUUAUUUGGAAAAUACUUGUUUGAAUGCGGAAAGACGAUGCGAUGGUUUGGCUGUGUUCGUAAAAGAGGAGAAUAAACGGCUUGGUGGCCCAUUCGAAGUGGAUAUAUUCAAUAACAUGACCCUUGAGGAAUGUCAAACGAUGUGCGUCCGGGCCGAGAAGUAUUUCUGUCGUUCGGUUGAGUUCGACGAUCAAACAAAGCAAUGUAUACUGUCGGAGGAAGAUUCGAUAUCGCAAAAGGAUGACAUAAGUGUGAGCUCAAGUCCGACACAUCAUUUUUACGAUCUCGUUUGUUUGGAUAACCAACGCGGUCAAGAGUAUCCAGACAACUCAGGUACUUCGCAUUUAUUUUCUGGUGGCAGACGGCCUGAUACAGCAUUUCAACGAUAUCGCAAUUCACGUUUGGGUGGUGAAUUUCAUUCGGAAAUAACUGGACGUUCGCUGAGCGAAUGUUUAGACGAAUGCUUGCGUCAAACCAGUUUCCAAUGUCGAUCGGCCGUGUACUCGGAUCGAUUUAGAACGUGCCGAUUAAGCCGUUACAAUCAAAAAGAUGGAAUGCGCAUUAUUUAUGAUGCUGACUAUGAUUACUAUGAAAAUCUAAUGCUAGGUGGAGACGGAGACGAUCGUGAUCGACCAAACAUGAACAGACCCGAUUGGCAACCGCCUUAUUAUGGUGACCGCGAUAGAGACCGCGAUCGGGACCGAGAUAGAGAUCGUAAUCGUAUCCCAAGCCGAUACCCAGACGACGACCGCUAUGGUGGACCGAAUCGAUAUCCGAUGGGCCCCGACCGUUAUCCAAUGAACGGUUUACGACCAGAUGGUGGCAGCAGUGGAUAUGACGAACGAUAUCCUGACUAUAUGGGCUUCGGCGGUGGUGGCGGCAGUGGCGGUGGCGGAGAUGGAUACGGAGGAGGAGGUGGCUAUCGACCACCAUAUGAUCGAUAUCCAUACGAAGAUCGCUAUCGACCAGACGAUCGAUAUAAUAGCAUUGGUGGCGGUGGUGGUAAUAGAUACCGGCCGGAUGAUCGAUAUGGUGGUAUGUUCCCGCCAACGCGUCGGAUUCCACCGCGUUAUCCACCCGCUCGAUAUCCCAUGGAUAAUAGCAUUGGUGGUGGUGGUGGUGAUAUGGGAGGCCGUUAUUAUCCGGAAAAUCGGUAUCCAGAUCAAAGGCCCGAUCGUUACCCAGAAUCCGAUGGCCGAUAUUAUGGAACGACCAUAACUGGUACACGGUAUCCAACAUCUGAUAACCGCUUCCCAGUUGGUAACGACCGCAGUCCAAUCUUCAUACUCAAGUACGGCAAUCGAUACGGAGGCGGAGGUGGAGGCGGAGGAGGCUCAGGCUAUGAUCGAUAUGGACCGCCGCCGAUGUAUGAUCGAGGUUACAACCGGUUCAGCGGACGGGAUCCUUAUUACUAUGAACGUGCUCGUCCCGGUGCCGCAUUCCCACCGUAUGAGAUUCCACAUCGUCCUGGUUUUGGUAUGGGCUAUGAUAAUUCGAUAAAUAGCCAAUUCGGUGAUGGUUUCGGCGGCUAUGGACCACCACGGCCAGUUACAUCACGCUGCGAAGAAAAUGACACAUUCAAACAGAUUGGAUCAAGGCAACGCAUUCGACGACAAUACAUCCGACGCAUUGUACCAGCAGCAUCGUUAUUGCAUUGCCAACGCGAAUGCAUCGAGGCUAAAGAUUUUAUAUGCCGUAGCUUUAACUAUCGCGAAACAACCGUAUUGUAUGAAAGUGAUCCGGCUGCAGCGGCAAACAACAAUGCUGGCCGUGAACGUGAACGCGAAGUAACCAAUUGUGAACUAAGUGACCGAGAUACAAGGGAAUUAGAUUUACAAAAUCCAACCAUGUUCGAUACGAGCAGCUUUGACUAUUACGAACGCAGCAAUGCUCGAAGUGGCUCAGACACUGAAUGCUUAGAUGUUUCACAAACGUGCAAUGAAGACGGUAUGGAAUUUACGCUGAGAACACCGGAAGGAUUUUAUGGUCGCAUUUAUACAUACGGUUUCUAUGAUCGGUGUUUCUUCCGUGGAAGUGGCGGCACUGUAAAUGUUCUUCGUAUCAGCGGCACUCAAGGUUAUCCCGAAUGUGGCACACAAAGGUACGGUGACACGAUGACGAACAUUGUGGUUGUGCAAUUCUCUGAUAACGUGCAAACUGGUCGUGAUAAGCGUUUUAAUUUGACUUGCAUAUUCCGUGGUCCGGGCGAGGCAGUCGUUACAUCUGGAUACAUUGGGGCUGGUUUUAACAAUAUUGACAGAUCGGGCAGCCCCAUUCCCAUCGAAUAUUUGCCAGCCGAAAAUACGCUAAGCUCAAAAGUGCGGCUCAUGAUCCUCUAUCAGAAUCGACCAACCACCACAAUUGCUGUCGGCGAUCCGCUCACACUUCGCAUUGAAUCACAAGACGGAUAUAACCAAUUGACCGACAUUUUUGCAACAAACGUCGUGGCCAGAGAUCCAUACUCUGGACGAAGCAUUCAAUUAAUUGAUCGUUAUGGUUGCCCAGUCGAUCCGUAUGUGUUCCCGGAAUUGGAUAAAUUGCGUAGCGGUGAUCAGCUGGAAGCUCGUUUCAAUGCAUUCAAAAUACCCGAAUCGAAUUUCCUAGUGUUUGAGGCAACGGUACGAACGUGUCGCGAAGGAUGUCAACCAGCGUACUGCCAGAGUGCAUCGGGUCGAAAUGAGCCAUCAUUUGGACGUCGAAGGCGUUCACUCAACGAUACUGUCGAUGAUAAUGAUGUGUCCGAAUCGAAACGAAUCAAUGGAACACUGAUCGAAGGUGCAAAACGUAAAAAUGCAACCGGCGACGACGAUGAUGAUGACGAAGAAACGAUCGAUUUCCCCGAACAAGUUCGCGAAAUGAUCGAAGUAUUUGAAUCACGUGAAGAAAUCGAAAAUGAAUCGGUCCCAAGAAAAUUGGUCGCUCCAACGGAAACACUUUGCAUCUCACCAUCCGAAUACCAUGGUUUGGUUGUGGCUAUCGUUUUGCUAAUGCUACUGUUGUUCAGCAUAACAUUGGCGGCUGGAUUAGCAUAUCGUCGCUAUUGGAAAACAAUGCUAAAGAAUCGAUCAUUUGACACCGCAUCACCGGUCCACUCAUUUGUACCGUCUGCGCUGCAUCAGAACAUGAACGUUUCCAGUCAUCAGUUUAACGCAUCAACUCGGCACGGAGCUUCACUUGGAAUUGGUUCAAGCGGCGGUCAUUUGAGCGGCAUUCGACCAAGCUUAUCACUCAUAAAUGGAACACUUCAAAAAACUUUCGCUACUGGGAAUUUAGCGCGCAUAAUGAAAAGUGAAAAUACAGUUACGGAAUUUGAUGAUCCGAGUGAGCCAAUCUAUACGGAUCCAUCGAUGUUUGAACGUUCCAGAGUUUAACGCACGAUCAUUGUGUUUUCAGAUCAAUGAACAGCAUUUCGAUUGAUCAGCCCUAAAAAUAGCCGCACGAAACGCAACAACAUUCGGAAGAAACAAAGCAAAUAACAUCAUCAACAACAAAAAUUAAUUUUAGUUGGCAUUCUUAACAAAACAAAACAAAAAUCUCAAGCAAUAGUAUUAUUGAUGAAAAAUUUCCGUUUAGUUUUUAGAAUAUAGUUUAAUGUAGCUAAAUGAAAAGAGAAAUUCAAGGAAGACAACACACAAGUACACACGCACGCACCCACUCACAAAUCUUCCAACAAUAAUUUAGUUUAGAGAAACAUAGAAAUUUUUUCUUCGGCAUUAAAAUCACACACAUUCACACCCAUGACACAAACAACACACACACUCACAUUAUUUAUAUGCGAUUUUUUUCCCAUUUCGUUUUCAAAGAAUGACAUAAACCGAAAAACAAAAGUUUCUAUCUUGAAAGAGAGGAAAGAAAAAUGGAAUUUUCACAUAAUUUUUUUUCUUUUAUUCUUUUUAUUAUAAAUGACGAGCUCAUGAUGUUUUAGAUUCUGUGAUGUCGAAUAUUAUUUUAUGCCGGAGCCCAGCGACUAAAGUCCAUAGACUGAAUUGCGCUGAUAGCAAACUAAAUGAUUUGUUUUUCCCCCCCCUCUGAAUUCGGUUGUUUUCUUUUCUGUCACUGCACUUGAAUCAUUUUUUUUUCUUCUGUGCAAACACGAAAUACAACAUUUAAAAAGAACAUAUCAUACUGUGCACGUAUCCAAAUGUAGUUGAAAUUCGUUUUCGAUGACCUCGAAUUAAUGUCAAAAUUAUACAAUAUCUGUUUUCAGUGCAGCAAAACUUGAAACUAUUUUGAAGGCAUUUUGCGGACUUUGUCAUCGCUCCCAAGUGGAGGAUGGAAAAUGCGUUGGUGUAAAAGCUGAAGAGCGCCAAUACGUACACUCACACACACACACCCCAAAUGAUUUCAGUGGCGAAAGGGAAUAAACUGUAAUUUUCCCAAAAAACCAAAUCAACCUCCUGUCAACAUGUCAACAACAGAAUAUCUUACGCUAAAAACACAUUCUCACAUUACAUCACAUAAUUUGGUCAUUGAAAUGCCUCACUUACUUUUCAGGUUCUCUAUAUAAAGACUCGAAUUUGCGUCCAAACAUGGAAUUUUCGCAAAGCCUCUUUGAUUUCACUUUCCUUCUUUUGAAUAUUUUUUUCUAAAUAAAAGUUCCGUUUUUCGUCACUGGAAUGAAUUGAGACUAGAUCGAUUCGACACGUUGUUCAACACAAUAAUAAUUGAGACAUUAAAUUAAAUGAAUUGGCUGAUUCGCCAACAAAAAAAAAAAAUAGAGCUAACAACUGACAUUAUUUCGUUUGCUUCAUUUGGAUGCGUUUCACAAUGCAUCCAAGAGCACCCAAAUUGAUCAAAUGAACUUCAUGGCAAAUGAUUUUCGAUAGGUUGAUAGACAUGAAAUUUCGAAUUACAAUUCAUUUUUACUAUACUUAUGCACCCGCACCCAACAAAAUCAAAAUGAAAAAAAUAAUAAAAGAAACCGAAAAAUCCGUUCCAAUCGAUCACCUAUGAGACAAUCGAUGCCUUAAUCUUAAUUCUUUAUUUAAUACUGAGGAAAGUAGAUGAUAUAUUUAAAUAAGAUAUUUAGAUUUUUGUUUUAACAUUGAGACCAUCUGAUUUUGAUGCGAAAGACAACUACAAAAAAUAGCAGCAACAAACAAGGAUUUUUGCAUUUGUGCACCACUUUUUAGUUUGAUAAAAACGUAUAUGAUCUUCGAUUGAUUGAGACAAACGAGAUACAUAGAUGAUGCAGAGAGGUGAAUGGACCGACAUCGACACCGACGAUCGGCAAAUAAUCUACCUUCUACGGCAACUAUAGUUUUUUUCUCCCCCAUUAAAUUUUAAGUUCCAACAGAAAAAUUGAAAGAAAAAGAGCAGUAUUUCUAUAUUUCAUAAUGAUUACGUUGUCAGAGAGAUGCGCCUUCCAUUUUACAAUGUAUGUGUAAUUUUAAAUAUAUAUUAUAUGCAUAAAUUUUAUAUAAUCAGCUAAUGUUUGUUUUUUCAUAACCGAUUAAAAUAGAAUUUGCAGCAAAGAAAAAAAAA